AUGAAUUCAGGGCGCGUGAAGCUGAAUGUUGGCGGAACUAUGUUCGAGACGUCCAUCCUGACGCUAACCCGACUCGAAGGGACAGUACUGCAAACAAUGCUGGAGGAGAGGUGGAAUGGACCCGCGUGCUCACACAACCAGGAGAUAUUCAUCGACCGCGAUUCCACACACUUUCGCACCAUUUUGAAUUUCCUGCGCGAUGGAUUUUUUUUCUACGGUAUAGUCGAACUAGCAGAAAAAUGCAAGGCUUAUCGGGAGCCGAUUGGAAUUGGUGAUACAGUGACAUGGCGAGAAGAAAUGAUUGAGCUCUACUGGAAAGCAUUUGUACGCUUCUGGAUUGACGAAAGCCUGGUACUACCGUUCGUUUACGAGCGAAACAACCACACUUUCGCACGAUGCGUUGCAUGCACUGAGAUGCAAGACCCGAAAUGCUCGUACAGCUUCGAGUACAGCUAUGACAUAUGGGAAGCGAUGGCCGGCCAGAUGAAGCACAUGAACGCCACCGUAACACAGGUACCACUCAUUUGA